CGUCAUCGGGACCGGUGCAUUUGCAGUGGAUUUUGGGGGAUGCAGAGGAAGCAUGCACUUGCAGAAAAACACCGGACAGCCUUUUGUCUUCAAAUGAUCUGGUUCGGUUUAAUAUCUGCAAAUAAUAAAACACAUUAAAAAAACACACAGCAGCAGGUUUAAUAGGCGGGACUUCCUUCCGGCUGUUUAUCUCAGUGUGCGCAGCAGCCUUCAGCAGCAAAGCGAGCCAGUGCAGGAUCAGAUAACGAGGUUGUCCCAUCACACACCACACUAUGCUGGGCUGCUUGUUGCGAGGAGGCUGCAGUCCUCUGGUCUGCCUGUGGGCCCUGCUGUUGCUACCUCUGGUCUCCCUCCAUCGCUUGAACCAACACGGGCGCCGGAGCCACGGCGUGAGGGAGCGGCCCAAGCUGCUGCUCUUGUCCUUCGACGGCUUCCGAUGGGAUUACAUCGACCGGGUCCCGACGCCCAACUUCCGCGAACUCAUCGAUAACGGUGUGAUGGUGGAGCACGUGGAGAACGCUUACAUCACCAAAACCUUCCCCAACCACUACAGCUUGGUGACGGGGCUGUACGCCGAGACGCACGGCAUCGUGGCCAACGAAAUGUACGACCCCGUUCUGAACCGCUCUUUCUCUAUGGAGACGAACAGUAUUUACGAGUCCCGAUGGUGGGAGGAGGCGGUGCCUCUCUGGGUGACCAUCCAGAAAGCUGGAGGGCGGAGCGGGGCUGCAAUGUGGCCGGGGUCUGACGUAAAGAUCCACGGCAUGUUCCCCAAUCAGUACCUCCCGUAUAAUGCCUCAGUCUCCUUUGAAACCAGAGUGAAGUCGAUUAUUGAAUGGUUCACUCUGCCCAAAGAAGCAGCGGUGGAUUUUGGAGUUCUGUACUGGGAGGAGCCGGAUGAGAGCGGGCACGCUCUGGGACCUGAGAACCCAGAAAUGGACAAGGUCAUCGCCACGAUCGAUGAGAUGCUCGGCUUACUCAUGAAUGAGCUAAAGAAGGCGGGGCUGUACGAGAAAGUGAACCUGAUAGUGACCAGUGACCACGGGAUGACGCAGCUUUUCCCUGAUAAGAUCAUAGAGCUGGACGAGUAUGUGAGCAGAGACCUGUACACCUGGGUGGACAAGAGUCCAGUGGUGGCAAUACUGCCUAAAGAAGGGAAGCUCGACGAGGUGCACAGUAAACUGGCGAAGGCAAACCCGAACAUGGUGGUGUACAAGAAGGAAGAGAUUCCCGAGCACUUCCACUAUCGACACAACAUCAGGAUCAUGCCCAUUAUCAUAGAGUCCAAGGAGGGCUGGACCAUCAUGCAGAACAGGACCUCCGGGCCCUUCAUGCUUGGAAACCAUGGCUAUAACAACACCUUACGCAGCAUGCAGCCUGUGUUCGUGGCCCAGGGGCCGGCUUUUCGGCAGAAUUACAUCAAGACCUCCAUGCGCUCCGUUGACCUUUACCCUCUAAUGUGCCACAUCCUGUCCAUCCGCCCCCUGCCAAACAACGGCUCCCUCUUAAACGUUCAGGACCUGCUGUCCCAUGAGCCGAUUACACCCAUAUCCACCGUCCCUCCCAGGGUCAACGGGUACUCCUACGCCCCCGUCGUGGGUUCUUUCCUCGGCGUGGUGAUGGUGCUGGGCUUUCUGGUGGUCUACAUCAAACAAGUGACGCUCAAACAGCUGCCCUCAUUAAAACACAGAAGCAGGGAGAUGUCGCAGCCUUUACUGCAAGAGGACUUGCACCUGUAGCUGAAGAAACAAAGGAUGGCGGACGUAAAAAGAAGAGGAGGUAUUUCUCCCCAAGGUAGUCCGCUCUGUCCAGAAGCAUCCCCUAACGCCUCCCUUAUACGCCUAAAUGCCACUGUGCUGCUCUUUUUAAUAGUUGUAGAUCAAGGGAAUCUAAUCAUGUAUAGAGGUACGUCUCGCUUGCUUGAGUGUAAGGGAAAUGUCCGGGGUUUGCUUCUGGUGCAGGCUAGAUAAUAAACCUUUACAUGGGCUUUAUAGUGGCUUUGCUUUGAUUGUGAAUUUUACCCAAUAUCAUCGUCAUUUUCAUUGUUGCUUAAUACGUAAAAAUUCAAAGCGAAGAGUGGAAUUUUAGCCUGUGAUUCUGGCAAGUAUGAACCUUUGUUGGCCAAAACCGUGACUUGGAUGACAUGAAGGUGUCAGUAUGCUCGAAAUGAACUUGUUUGUCUGUAGGUAAAAGUAUUUAUAGCUGAACAGCCACAGCGGAAGGCGGGGUGAAAAGCCAGCCAGCAAAGACAGGGUCAAGAAGCAUAACUGCACAUACUUUAAGACAAUCUUUCCUUGAUGGCAUUCAUAGUGUUGCACUCAUUUGCACAUAGGAAAACAGAAGUAACAAAGUGCGAAUGAUAAAAGAUAGCUUGAGAGAGAAGUUCAAAGUUUGACUUUCCAUAAUUGUCAGACACAGCCAGGUAAGGUGUGGAGGGAGGGGGGUUUCAGAUGCUAUCAUAGACUGUAUAUAAAGAUGGAUGACAUGACAGCUCCCAAAAAGUGAAGCCAAAACAUCUCGACAACAGACUCUGACUCCAAAUGAUGUCAAAAUCUCAAGAUAGCAGCUGCGGUAUCCGGGAUAUUUUGGCUUCAAUUUUGUACAAUGGAGGAAGUGGAGACUUUUCGUCCAUCUAUAUAUACAGUCUAUGGAUGCUAUUCAAUGAUCCAAAAAGCUCUUUGUUUGAAGCAUACUGACACCUUUUACUCCCUGACAGUAACAGUGGUAUGGAUGCCAGUAGAUUUGGUAUAUUUGGCAUUUUCAAAUCUAUCCUAAACAGAUUUGUAUGUCAUAAGGUAUAGAAGGAACGAGGCCAUGUCAGGUUUUUGCCACCAAUUUUUCUACUUGUGGCACUGAAUUAGAAGUUACAUGAAAUAUAAAUGCUGUGAUUAAUCAGAAAAGUAUUUCAAACUCAACAGGAGAUUGGCUUGGGUCAGUGUUAUUUUCCAAAUGUUACUAGGAAGCAGAUGUUCCAUUAAAGACUCGCUCAGCGUGCCAGGCUACUGCUCGUACGUGUAGGUCAUCCCAUGAGCCGAUCACAUCACGACCUUGCUCUUUAGUAGUCAGUUACCAUUUGCCUUUUAACUUACCGGAGAACAUCUCUCCAAGGUGUGCAGUCGUUUGUGUGUCUGUUUUUUUUUUGUAGAGUUUGUGUUCGGAGGGCAUUUUUCUGUAUAGAUGACCAUGUACCACCCUCCCGUUCAUACGUCAUAACCACGGCCAUUUGUUGGUGAAAUGUGAAGUGCAAUUGCUAUUGGUCAGUAUUUCGUCAAAGGGAUUUCAAGGGUUUUUGUUGUUGCUUGGUUGAGAAGACUAUUUCGGCAUGACUUGCAAGAACUGUUCCCAUGAUUUGCACUACUGGAUAUAAAUGAAACAGAACGAAGGGGCAGUAGUUGGAUGCUUUUUAGGUCAUGUAUAAUUUGCACUUCUUGUUCGUAGUUGCUAUUUGAAAUGAUAAAAAAAAAAGUUAGGUGCCUCUUGCCAAAAAGCUUUUUAAUUAGCACAAUAAAUAGAAAGUCAAGUAGAAUCCAAAUCUGCAAAUAAAUUAUUCUUCUAAUAUUUUUUCAGCAUCUUUUAAGAAACAAUUGGUUUUUCUCCUUAUGCUUUUAGAUGCAUUGACUAACACUUGUGCCCAACAAUAUGACAGAUAUCACUGUGAUAUAUAGUUUUUACAAAUUUAAAAUUUGAAAAUAUUUAUAUGGAAAUUGUUAAUUUUCUGAUAACAGUCUUGUUUUAUGAAAGAGAAGUGUUGUCUGAAAAUUUUCCCCUGACUUGUUGAAAGAGAAAUUAAAUAUAUCCAUAAUAUAUUUAAAUAAUAUUAAUUUUAAAAUUUUAGAAAAUAACAAAUGUAGAUCAGGUUUAUCUCAGUUGAAUAUUAACUUGGAUUUGAAAUAUGGAUAUUUAAUAUGAUUUACAAAUUAACUACCUUUGCCAUGUUGAUGCAAUUAAAGAGUCUUCUGAAAUUAAAAGGACUUAUGUCAAACUGA